ACGCCCACCCGCUCACAAGACUUUAUACAACAUUGUUUGGAAACGCUUUGCAUCCUCACCCUGCAGACUGCAGCGCUCGGCUUGUGAAAACAGUUACGUUUAAUUUACAGCCUUUUCUGCGCCUUUUACAGAUGACCAUGCAUCGAUACGCGACAGUGGGUAUACUGGAAGCUGCUUUGUUGGUUUUGCUGGCAGGCUGUCAACAAUGUGUCUUAGCAUCCAGCGACACAUUGGCUCCAGAGGUCUUGCAGAACAACGGCACCCUGUAUGCAGUCUGCAAGGUGAGACCCAGCACCUCUCUCCCGGAGGACCUGCCCAAAGUGUAUGGCCAUGUGCUGUUCAAGCAGGAUCAUCCUCAGGAGAAAGUCAAGGUCCUCCUCCGGUUUAGUGGCUUCCCCAGGGAUGGCAGUCCGGAGCCCAGAGCAGUGCACAUCCAUCAAUAUGGAGACCUGAGCCGGGGAUGUGACUCCACCGGUGGCCACUACAAUCCAUAUGGUGUAAAUCACCCUAACCACCCUGGAGACUUUGGAAACUUUGAGCCUCAGCAAGGGAAGAUUAAUACAAUGCUAGAAUCUGAUGCAACACUGUUUGGAAGCCUGUCUGUGUUUGGGAGAGCAGUGGUAAUUCAUGAAAAGAUAGACGACUUAGGGCGCGGUGGAGACGCUGGGAGCCUGCUGCAUGGAAACGCAGGCCGAAGGCUCGCAUGCUGCAUUAUUGGGGUUUCGUCCCCCAAUCUCUGGAAUAUGAACUUAAAGCAGUACUCCAGGCAGCUGAGGAGGAAUUAACGUACAGUAGCGUGCUAUACUGUACUUCCAGUUUGAUACCAAGAAAAAAAUAACGAGGUGGUUAAACCCACAUCCUGCCAAAAUGCAGAGUAGCUUCUUAGAAGUAUUAGAAACAUGCUUUAAUAAUAAUUACUACAAAUUAGCAUAAUUAUGGUGUUCAAUAUUAGUAAUGGUAAAGUUGGUUCGUUGGAGUAUCAACAAA